CUAGGUAACACAAGUACCACAGGUAUCAAAGGGAGAGGCAGCAAUCUACAAAGUUACUAAUAAAUCGUAUUAUUUGAAAGAACAACAAAACUUCGAGAUUUGAGAAAUUGAAAGCAAAAUCUCAGCAAUAUGGCAGAAGAACUAAAUGCUCAGUCCCAGACACAACAAAAAGAGUCCCGUGACAAUAUACACUCGGUUACGGCCACUGGGAAGUCCGAGUCAACAACAGUAGGACUAGGAGACGGGAUCAAGCUAAACCCAUGGUAUUUCAAAUCAGUUCCAGGGAUCAUGAAACUUGUCCAAGUGCUGAUUGCCAUAAUAUGUUUUGGAUGUGGAUCUCCAGCAAUCACCAGCUACAGUCGUUUCUUCCUGUUUGUCAUCUCCAUUUGUUUCAUUUUCACCAUCUUCCUUGUCUUUAUUUAUCUCAUGGGACUUCAGGCUCUUCUGCCUAAUUUCCCCUGGUUAUUUGCAGAGCUCAUCUACACGGCCAUCGCCACGGCUCUUUACAUAAUAGCUGCUAUAGUGGAGCUCGUGAUGACAUCAGAUCCCAAGUUUGAAUUUCUUCGUUUUAUCGGGUAUUACCGCCCGUACAUUGCUGCUGGGGUGUUUGGUUUAUUCAACGUCUUAGCCUAUGGCGGUGGACUCUUCUUUCUCCUUAAAGAAUGGCGAGAAUUGAGACAGACACCAUAAGAAAACGAGACCUUAUCGCGCCAUCACGUCGAAAAGUUUUUACUGGAGGCAGAAUUACGUGGUAGGACCUCUGUGUAGUUGAUGUUUCAGAGGCUAAAGAAUUCGCCUCCAUAUUUAAAUAAAUAUUUUCAGAGACGUUUAAGUUUGUCCUGCUUGCAAAAUGCGCACUGUCUUCAGAAUAACUUAAUUCGAGUAUUAUGUUAAUAGUGGUUGUAUUACAGUUUAGUCAUUCGUAACGUUUAAGUUAAACUGCGUUAAAGAAAGCUAUGUUAAUUAAUACAUCAGAUUCCAGGGUCUAUCUAUUUUUCUUUUUUCUCGAUGGUUGAUAUCACUGUGAUUUUAAAGUUAUCAAAACUACGUCGUUUAAACAAGAUUGUUUUCGUAAUAUUUAUAAUAAAAAUUCAGAGGGUAGAAUUUUAGAACUGUAGUUUAGCGCACUUAGAGGACGCCGUGCUCGUGAACAAACAACUUCUUAUAUUUUAUGUUCUGUUAUUUAAUUCAUAAUCAGAUUAAUGUUUUUUUUAUAUUAUGUACUUUCAACGAAAGCUGAUAUAUGUGUGUAUUGUUUUUGUUUAUUUAACUUAUAUUCAGAUUAAUGUCCAAUGAAAAUGUGUUUUGUAUUAUCUACUUUCAACGAAAGCUGUAUAUGUAACGCAUUCCUCUUAUUUAGCGGCCUAACUUUGGUUUCGUAAGUGUGGGUGGUAGAGGAAGAGUUUCUGUAGCUUCUAUUAUAUCAAAACAAGAUAUUCUAUUUUUGAAAAAGUGCGGGGGACAAAUCCCCCGUGAAAAUUAUGCCCAUGGUUUCUCUCAUAAUCAGAAUAAUGUAAAAUGGAAAUGUUUUUUAUAUCACGUAUUUUCAUCGGAAGCCAACAUAUGUGUGCUGCCGUCGGUUACCUCAAUAAAUUCAAUCAUUUGUUUUCGAUUUAGAAUCAUUAAUUUUAUACGUAAUAUUAGUAUUUGUAAAUAUCUUGUCAAAUCACGUACUACAAUGAGUUAGGAUCACAAUAUGUAAGGAUGUGACAGUGUAUAACAUUCACCCAACAAAGGUUUGUUUAUUGUUAGCACAAGGUUACACAAUGGGCUAUCUGUACUAUGCCAACCACGGGUAUCAAAAACCGAUGUUUAGCGUUAUAAACAUUCAGUCUUACGGCCGAGCCACUGGGAGU